AGGAACGUGUUCAUCGGAUCGAAACCUUGGAUCAUCAAUGGAGAAGAAGCCAAUUACUUUCACCACCAUCGAGGGAGACGUAGGAGCGAAGUUGGACAAGAUAUUUCAAGUGAAAUGCAGUUUCCUCAGGGUUCAACCUAGCAAUUGCAUACUGCCCCCUCACUUCGUGUUCUAUGGGAGCAGGAUACGGGACAUGGAGGUCUACGAGGACGACGUGUGGAUGGUGUCAUACCCACGAACCGGCAGCCACUGGGCGCAGGAGAUGGUGUGGUGCAUCGGGAACGAUUUCGACUACAAAAACGCGCAGACUUUGUUAAUCGUACGCAACCCAUUGCUCGAGGCCUCGAGCCUAAUGGUCGCCGGAGAUUACGUGGACUUCUUCGCGAAAUUAGGGGAUUCGGUGAAGAACGUCGAGAACAUGCAGCGCCCCAGAUACAUCAAGACUCACCUCCCUCUGGAGCUGUUGCCUCGACAGAUCCACGAGAAGAAACCGAAGAUCGUCUACGUCUCGAGGAACCCCAAAGACACGUGCGUCAGCUUCUACCACUACUGCAGGACGUUCCACGGCAUGAAUGGCAGCUUCGACGACUUCGCUGAAUUGUUCCUGACAGGCAAUUCACCGAUGGGAUCGUACUGGGACCACGUGUUGAAGUUCUGGUCGCUGAGGAACAAUAAAAACCUGUUGUUCUUAACAUACGAGGAAAUGAAAAAGAACCAAGCGGAAGCGAUCGAGAGAACGGCGAGAUUCCUCGGGAAAACCGUGACGAAGCCGCAGAUCACGGAGCUCUGCAAGCACCUCGAGUUCUCCAAGAUGGCGGCGAACCCCGCGAUCAAUUUGGAGAAUAUCCUGCGGGAGAAGGACGUGCCGCAGGACAACAGGUUCAUAAGGAAAGGUAAGGUCGGCGAUUGGAAGAACUACAUGUCCGAGGGACUGGCCAGGCGAUUCGACGAGUGGACCGAGGAACGUCUUCGCGGGACCGAUUUAGAUCCCGACAAGUACACCGUGUCCCCCGACGAGGAAUGAAAUCAAAUAAAAUAUGUAAACCGCGAUCCGCGCGAGCAGACCUCGCGCGGGACCCAGUGCGUAAGAUAAUUAUGCUCUCUCUCUCUCUCGGUCGUCUCGCAUCGUUGUUAUCCG